AUGUGGCUGUUUUUGGCAGUGGUGUGCUUAAUCCAACAGACAAUCAAGUCAGAAGAAUUCCUCAGGAAACGGCACUUGAAUCCCCAAGAAUUCAUGACUAUUAAUGAAAUAAUCCAAUAUUGGGGAUACCCCAGUGAAGAGCAUGAAAUCCUGACAGAGGAUGGCUACUACUUGCAAGCAAACAGAAUUCCUUAUGGAAUGCACAGUUCUGGGAAGACAGGUCCUAGGCCAGUUGUUUUACUGGUACAUGGUGUUUUCGCUGAAGGUAGGCACUGGAUUGCAAAUAUUCCCAACAAUAGCCUAGGAUUUGCUCUAGCAGAUGCUGGCUAUGAUGUUUGGAUAAUAAAUAAUAGAGGUACCAGCUGGUCUAGAAGACACAAGACUCUGUCAAUUGACGAAGAAGAAUUUUGGAAUUUCAGUUUUUAUGAAAUGGCAAUUUAUGAUAUUCCAGCAACCGUAAACUUUAUUCUGCAGAAAACUAAGCAAAAAAGCUUGUAUUAUAUUGGCCAUUCCCAGGGAGGUACAUUGGGUUUAAUUGCCUUUUCAAGCAUGCCACAGCUUGUUCAAAAGGUUAAACUCUUCAUGGGCUUGGCUCCUGCCUAUACAUUGGCAGGCGUGAAGGGACCCUUUUCUUUACUUCUAAACCUUCCUCAAGAAUUGACAAAACUUAUAUGGGGCAAUAAAGAAUACUGUCUUUUCAAUAACAAACUAAAAGCCACCAAUGCCAAGAUCUGCAGCUAUCCAGGGAUUGACAGACUUUGUCUUGAAGGCAUUUUCUUACUUAAUGGACGUAAUGAGAAAAACCUAAAUGUGAGUCGGGCAGAUGUGUAUGUUGGAAUUUACCCUGAUUUUACUUCUGUAAAAACUAUCAUACACUGGAGUCAGGUUGUUAAAACAAACCAAUUUAAGUAUUUUGAUUAUGGAUCAAAGAACGAAGCUGUCUACAACAUGAGUACACCCCCAUUUUAUAAGAUAGAAGAUAUUACUGUGCCAACUGCUGUGUGGAGUGGUGGGCAUGACAUUCUUGUAACCAAAAAGGCUAUUGAACAGCUGCUCCCUCGAAUCCCUCAUUUAGUUUUCUACAAGAAUAUUCCUGAUUGGCAACAUUUUGAUUUUACCUGGGGUCUUGAUGCACCGGACCAGUUGUUUAAGGAUGUACUUUGUCUGAUGCAAAAGUUCAAAUAA